AUGAAAUCCUUCAUCAUCGCCUCUGGAGCAGCACUCCUAUGCGCUGUGUCGGGUGCAGCAGUUGGAACGCCAGUAUUGGAGGCUCGUGCCGCUACGACGUCAACGUCGUCAGCAUGGGCCGUAGAGAGGCCCUCUGAGAGGCCUGUCGCCAAUGACCCCCGUGUACAGGGCUGCUUCUCAUCCGCUGGAGACCUCACAUUUAUCCAGACUGUCGAGUUCAACUCAAGAGACUCAUGCCCCAAGGCUAUUUGUAUGAACAAGCUGGGGAAGAACGUCGGUGGAACGAUCAGGGGAAAUGAAUGUUGGUGCGGUGACAAAUACCCGCCAAAGUCAUCACUCGUCGAUGACAAGGAGUGCGACGCUGCCUGCACGGGCUAUGGCCAGGAAGCUUGUGGAGGAGACAAGGUUUGGACCAUUUACAACACGGGCAAGCAGGCCUACGGAGUUGACUCUAUGCCCGACGAAACCAAGAACAACACCCAAACAACAGACGCACCGAAGGCUGUCGCCACCAGUGCUACUCCGUCUUCGACUCCCUCAACAGCUCCACAAAGCAGCGGCGGAAGCAACACGGCUGGCAUUGCUGCAGGUGUCGUUGUCGGUGUUGUUGCCCUGGCGGCCAUUGCUGGCGGUGCUUGGUUCCUCUACCGCAAGCGUCGCAACCAGGCACUCGAGGAGGAGCAUCGCCGCAACGCUGCUGUGAAUGCUUUCAUCCACGGCAACAAGCCGCCAAGCAGCAGCGGAGGCGUCUCGCUCACAGACUCGAGAAUGGAUCCUCAGAUGGCGCAAAGAAGGAUGAGCGACGGCAGUAUCGCAGACAACCAAGACUACUCGAGGAGAAUCCUUAGGGUCACCAAUGCUUGA